CAGUCUACUAUGCCUUCUCCAGCUGCGGCUUCAUUGAUGCUGCAAGCCGAAAAGGCCUUGCCUGUCUCAAUCCGGCCUGACCUGUUCGCCUACUGUCCCACCAUGGACAUGCUCGCCAUCGUUACUGAAGAAGAGGUCUUGGAGGUCUACCGACUGAAUGGCCAGCGAGCUUUCACCCGCAAGCGUAAACAUGACAGCCUGGUUGUGCAGAGUAUAUGCUGGAAGUUCAACGGGAAAAGCAUAGCUAUUGCCUGGAGUGAUUGCACUGUUGACGUCCUCUCGACUGAGACUGGCAAACUUGCUCCACAGCCUCUUGAAGCUCGACGUGGCGCCGAUGUACUUUCUGACGCAACCAGAAUCUCAUGCUUGGCUUGGGAGUCAAACUUCAUCAAUGUCCACUCUAUAAAGUCGAGAGUCAAUAGCGUAUCCCAAGACUCCACCGACCUAAUCGGAGAGGACCUCUGUACCGAUGACUGGGAUGCUCCCAAUACCAACAUAUCACUGAACGAUGUCAUCCAAGGCCACCUGGAUUCCCGCCUUCUCGAUCCAACCCCGGACCUACCUGAUCAGAUUGCACUGAUUGACUUGGAGCGACUGCUCCCAAAGCUUUCCGUACUAUCCGGCCCAACUCUAGGACCUUUUGUAAGACCGGCUCUACAACCUGUGCCAGAGCUCUGUGUUGUGCCUCUGACUUUCCGUUAUAUCGCAUCUGCAGGCUUACAUGUCCAUUUGAUUGGAUCAAAACAGCAACAGCUCGAGAAUCUCCUACGUUACAUACAGGAAUGUCUUCGAUCGAUCAGUAACUUUUGGUAUCAUUCUCAAGACCUACCCUCGAAGUUCAUGCGUAACAUCAAUGAGACUCUAACAGAGAAAGAUGAGGGUGAUCUGAUGCAAAACCUCUUCCAUCUCGCUGUUACUGGCCAUUGCCCCCCACUCAUCAAAGAAUGGCUUGUCGACGAGUUGACGGAAAGUGGACACAAGAGAUGGGACCACUCGGCUACGCAAGGUUAUGCCAAAGUGAUCGAACUAACACACGAAAAUCUCAUACCAGCCCUUGACCGUUGUGGCAUCGUCGUGUCACUGCUUCGCGGUCUGGCAGCCUACAAUGAUUCUGGCUCCGUCUUCAAUGUCCCUGCUAGCGACUUUACAAGUAUACUCGAGACCUUGAAGAUAUUGCGUGUCUUGGGCCACGUAGUCCUAGUUGUGGCCAGAGAAGAGCGCCGUCAGUUCACCUCCUUCUCCCGCUGGCUGCGCGACGAAAUCGACGUCCAAGCAUCCUCAUCUUCCAGUACCGAAGACCCACCCGAGCGUGAUAGCAGCGUCGACUACACUCUCGUCCUCGACUUCAUCCGCGGCCCCAUGAUCUCCAGCAAGCUCAAUCGUUUCCUCCGCCGCCAGCCCAAAAUUGACCAUUCCUGGUCCCUUCCCCAGUGCCUCCCCACAUACGAUGAAAUAUGCAAAUUCGUCGAGCCUUCCAAACUUGCUCCAGAGUCGUCAUCCGCAGACGGGGCAGAUACCUGGCUCAGCCUGCAACGCCUCCAUGCACAGUGCCAGAGCGCAUUCGCCAUGAUCGCGCGCUGGCAGGCCUCAAACACUAGCAUGAGCUUUGGCCUCGUGCUCGAAGACGACGAAAUCUGCGAUGCACGCGACAUGCGCAUGACGGAGUCGCCCGCCUCAUUCAAACGCUCAGACUCGCUGGCUACUUACGUCGCCGCCGUGCCUUCCUCGGCGCGUCAUGAGAUUCGCUUACACCGCCUACUGCACCCUGCCUCUUUCGACCAUCUACCGGAUUGGACCGAUUUGCGGUCUCACACUGUCAUCCUUCCUCCCGGCGCGAUCCGAGACGUCAGAUUUGUCGACGAUGAGUAUGUCAUGGCGCUGUUUAGAAGCUCUGAUAACACGUCUGUUCUCGUCUCUAUACCCUACGCCAAGUUCCUCGAAGAAAGUCCUCCACAUACACCUGCGCUGGAGUCUAGGAAGAUAACCGACCACGUGGCGCCACACGGCUCGGCGCCGUCAAUGGACGGCGUCCGUACGGCUCUGGACAUAUCACAGUCUGAUGUCUUUGCUCGAUAUACCAUACACACGUUUGUGCCAACGGAUCGGUUCGUGCCGCUGCGGCUGGAGGUGAAUGGGCGCAAGCAUCGACGCGUGGCGUGUGUUGUGGGCGAGGACUUGAAGCAUUACAAGGUGUACGAUCUGGACUGGGUCGAAGGGGAUGGAAGAGAG